AUGUUCUCUGCAAUAGUUGCUUGGUUUGAGUGUAAAGCAACUGUUGAUGUUGUUGUCCACGGUUCUCCUUGGUAUUAUAUUGGCUGUCGUGUGUGCCAUACCAAGGCAACCAAAGGACCUACCUCUCUCAUGUGCAAGAAAUGUGGUAAACAUGAAGUAAAUGGUACAAAGCUGUCUGUUUAUGAUAACAAUGACCAGGCGGUUUUUGUUAUCCUUGGUGAAGCUGGGCUUGAGCUGACUUGGAAAAAGGCAUUAGAGAGGGUUGAGAGCUACCUUGAGGUCAAUGAGAGCAUGGGUGAUGAUCACUUAAUCCCGGUGCCACAGACCUUGGUUGAUAGCAUUGGACGGACAUACAGGUUCACUGUCAAGGUAUCAGACCACAAUCUUAGGCCAGACACACGCUUCGACUUUCACAAAGGUACUCCCUCUUGA